UUCACUUCUCCAUGUGCGGAGGACCUCGCAGGAGUAACGCUCGAUAGCAGACGGCACGUUCCAACUCGUCGCGACUGCCGAAUCGAACAGCAUGCAAAGCCAGAUCGACGUGUUCGCGUUCGUGGGAAGCUAACCGCGACCGCCAGCGGCGACCUGUAAUGCUCGUACCAGACCUUCUGGACCACCUAAUCAACAUGACAAGCGCCAUGCCUGCAUUCGCUAACCUUUCGUCGCUUUACGACGACGUGUACCAGGCCAACGUGUCGUCGGCCGUCAUUGAAGUGAAGGGUGAACGCCAGUUCGUGUUGUCCCCCAUUGUGCAGAUACUCUACGUCGCGCUGUUCGGGGGUAUGGUUGUGGCCGCGAUUGUGGGGAAUGCUAUCGUUGUGUGGAUUGUCUUGGCUCACAGGAGGAUGCGGAGUGUCACAAACUACUUUCUUUUGAAUUUGUCUCUGGCGGAUAUGAUGACGGCCACGUUCAACACGUCGUUCAAUUUUCUGUACAUGCUGGAGAGCCACUGGGCCUUCGGGAAGACGUACUGCGUCUUCAAUAACUUUGUGGCCAGCCUUACAGUGGCUUCUUCGUCCUUCACGAUAGCAGCCAUGAGCAUAGACAGGUAUUUCGCCAUCGUGCAGCCCUUGUGCAGGAGGCUGCCCCGGUGGCUCGCUGUGGCCAUCAUUUGCGCCAUUUGGGCCUGCUCUGCCCUGUUGUGCCUGCCUGCAUUGAUGUACACCACCACCAACUCGUACCGCUACCCGGACCGCAGCGUUCGCACAGUCUGCACCGUCGUCUGGCCGAAUGAGCUACCGCCGCCUUUUGUGUCCUACACGGAAUACGUGUACGACAUCGUAUUUCUACUGCUGACUUAUCUGGUGCCUGUCCUUACCAUGGCAGUAACCUACACACGUAUGGGCAUGGUCCUUUGGGGAAGCAAAUGCAUAGGAGAGGUGACAGAACUCCAAAGGAACGCAUUGCGAAACAAGCAAAAGGUUGUGCGAAUGCUCAUCACAGUGGUGACGCUGUUUACUGUUUGCUGGCUGCCCUACCACAUCUACUUCCUCUACGUCUUUCACCACCCCAACGCCACCUACUCGGAUUACACCCAACACGUCUACUUGGCCAUGUACUGGCUCGCGAUGUCGCAUGCCAUGUACAAUCCCAUGGUGUACUACAUCAUGAACAAAAGAUUCAACACAUACUUCAAGCGCAUUCUGUGCUGUUGCCUUCCGCGACAGCUUGCGGCCAAAUGCUUGCCAAACGCAACUGGCCGCAGCAACGAAGGAUCACGCACUUGGACCCAACGGUUCUCUCUCAAACAGAGACGACGGCACAGCACAGCGAGCAAGCGGCAGCGACACGAUGAUCUCAACGGCAACCCUGUGGUUCACAAAGGUUCAAUAAACGAUGGCAUUGCGUGCUUAUGAACACCG